UGCGAUUUAUCGUGCAGCCCUAAUUUUAAUGAUCUAUCAUGUGGCUUCAUUUGGAGAUGAUCUGUGUUCUGUCACAUAGCAGGGACGUCUCGUCGAGCUCCAGUGAUAUACCAGCUCAAUACUACAGGAACGUCCUCCAGGGUGAACUCAGGGUAUGAUGCAACUCAGGAUUCAAAGUUGUGGAGGACUUUAACACGCAACCCCCCUCAAACCCGCAGCCAGCAGCGGCGCACUGAUCGAUCCGCAUUGAUCGCCCCUGACGAGCUGUUCCACUUUCCAGCCAAUGCACGCGCGCCCGUCUGCGAUUGGGAAGGAGCCCGAAACGGAGGAAAAUUUCUGCCGCCCUGGCGGUGUCACUUCCCCACACUUCAGCUGGCCGCCUGCCAGACACACAGGACGCUCACAAGAGGUGGAGUGGACUCGAAGCGACGAGGAGCGACUGGACGGACGGACAAAUGGACCCACAGCAAAAUGGCUCUUCGGUCACAGAGAAAGUCAUCAACACAGAAACACGACGAUUAUGGAUGUGGAGGUGGGAUAGAGAGACGCGAGAGGCUGGAGGAGCGCACGCGCUCGCUCUCGGACAAAGUGCGUUCUGCGUGUAUCUGCCGGUGUUUGGGCUUUGUUGAAGGGAACAGCGAGGGUAAUUCAGUCUGGGAUUCUCAGGCCUUAGUGAACGGAUCCGUGAGAUGUUCUUGAGGCUCGACUAGUGUGGACCGCCGCUCCAGUGGUCUGAUUCUCCAGCUGUGCAUGCGUCAAUCUCGUCUUGGCUUCAGUCUUUGUAGGAACAUUGCAACUCGAUCCCCUGUUCAUCCUAAGCUCCCUCAUCUCCCUCUCCCUCCCCCUCACGUCGUGGCCCAUGGAGGGAAGUCGAGCCGUAGAGGAUGAGGAGGCGCAGGACAGCUGCUGCGGGGAUGAAGACCCAUCCCCGGUGGUGGAACGGAGAAACCGCAGCGGCAUCAUCAGCGCUCCGCUCAGCAAAAGCCUGAAGCGUUCACGAGCUCUCUCGCAGUACAUCGCAACCUGCUCGGCCGCUGCUGUGGCCAGUGUCGCGAACGCUAACAGACUCGCCCAGAGCUCAGUGGUGGCGGCAGGUGUCAAAGCUCACCCUACCGCUAGCCAGCACAGGUCACAAGUUGGGUACGCCAAACUGGACCGGGGUGCAUUGAUGUCUGGCCUUCUGGACUCUCCGAGCGGCCUGCAUCUCGCCCAGGCCGCCGAGCUCCUGCGACGGGCGGGGAUGCUGCUUCCCGUCAGUGACCCGUCCAAUGUCAGUGUUGGUGGGGACAUGGAGACGGUCUCUGCUUCUGAUUCGCUGGGCAGUGUGAUGGACUUCCCGUUGCUUGGCAAUGGCGGAGUGGGAGGGAGUUUUCCUUAUCACCCGGGGCUGUUCAUAAUGACGCCAGCGGGAGUUUUCCUCGCCGACGGGGCGCUCUCGCAUGUGACAAGUGCGUCAGAACACCAGCAGACGCAGAGUGAGAUUUCUUCAGCCAUCAGUGCCAAUGGGAAGAAAAAGCGGAAGCGAUGCGGCCUGUGUCCACCUUGCCGGCGCAGGAUUAACUGCGAACAGUGCAGCAGCUGCCGCAACCGCAAAACCGGCCAUCAGAUCUGCAAGUUCCGCAAGUGCGAAGAGCUCAAAAAGAAACCUGCUGGCGGGCUGGAGAAGGUGAUGCUGCCAACCGGAGCUCCUUUCCGAUGGUUUCCGUAGGGCAGCUGGACCCUCCCCCCAUGACUUCCAUCCCAUAAUGAAGGACUCCCGAUGGACGGUGACGCCACUCCCACUCGGAAAGCUGUGGGGCUUGUAAACACUGGGUGCAAACAAACAACUAAAACAAACGAAGAACAGAAUGAAAGCACUAUUUGAGAAUGAACAUGUCCUGAACCAAAAAUAAACAGUGAAUGGCAGAAUGUCAUUCCGUUUUUCUUUUUUCCUGUGUUCCAUUUCGGAACCAUCUGAGUUCUACUCCGGAUUCUUGCCCUUUAUUGGAUGCUCUGGAACUAUUUGCCGCCAAAUGGAAAACGGACAAUCAUUUUUAUUUGUGUGUUUAGUGGUUUUGUUUGUCCAUGUGUGGAGAAAUGCCGUAAUUUCGUUUAGAGAAUGUAAUCCCAAGGCUCUGUUUUAAAGCUUGUGAUAAUUAAGGAGCACUAUUGUAAUUUAGCACAGUGGUUCUUACUGACUGCCUCAAUGUUACGAUUUUUUUUGUUUGUUUGUUUUUUAAUUUGUCAUUCACUUUUCAAGUUGCUCAAUAUUUGAUACGAAGACGACCGUAAAAAACGCUCCAAUGUAGCAUCCCUUACUUCAAACAUGCUUGAAAGGUCCUUUUGGGUUUGUCGUUCUGGUUGUUUGUUUUUAAAUGCUGUAGGCCUGCUGGGAUUGGAGGGAAGGUGAAGCUGAUGGAACUACACUAUGUAGACCAGAUGAUGGUGUAUUUGUGUACCAGCUAUGCGUAGGACUUGCCUCCUUUUUCUUGUAGCCUUAUGGGAUUGGUCAAAUGGAAGACAUGGUCCUUAGCAGACCUGGGCCUCCAAAAUUCAGGAAAUUAUUGAUGUGUUAUGAUAAUAUUUCUAUGAUUAUGAUGAAUUUUAUUGCUGAAUUACCCCAAGACCUGAGUUCCAGUACUCCUUUAAGUCCUUUUCACAUGGUUUACGCCAUUGAACAACUAGUGUGAAGUGGCAAGCUUCAAUCUAUGAAACUCAAAGUUUCAACUUUAACCCCUUUUGUUGUUUAGAUUUCAUAAUAUAGACAAGGAUUACCAGACAAUUCACUAUUGCGACACAUUGAGUUGUACGACACAACUUCUAUCUAAAGCAUUUUGAGAAAAGUUUCAAGAACUCUUGUUUGACAAGCGAUUUUCUUUCUGUUUUAAGCUCACACACGUGAGCUCUUUCAUUUUCAUUGUGAAUGGUUCUCUGGUUUCUUUCUUCCCAGCAACCGUGUAAAAUCACCUUUCUGUAAUGGUAUCUUUUCAUGUAAGCGUCAAAGCAUAAGACGCUUGUGUUGAGACAUGGAUCGAAUCCUUGAUGCUAUUCAUGUGAAAGGGGCUUAAGGCCAUCCACAUGACACGGACACCAUGUUGGAUAACUGACUUUCUUUUAGCUGUAAUUGUCAUUUUAGUGGGGGUUUUUUGCUUCUUCAUUCUGAAAUCCUACUGAACAGGUUCGCCCCAGUUUAAAUACUGAUCUAGAUUGAGUGAAAUGCACAGUACCAAAAUUAUUUCAAGGCAAAGUCCAACAGCACGCCAUUUCCAUGCCGUAUGGGGCCAAAUUUAUCGGUCUGCGUAAAUGAAUGCAUGUAUUUGUGUCCAAAGCCAACCAUUCUGAGGUCUUGGCAGUCCUCAAUUUAAUAAACCAA